AUGAAGCAGUCUCUGCUUGUCUUCACGGUGCUCUUCAUCUCGUCAGCAAUAUGUACGGAGACCUCGCCGUUCCUGCCACCUCUGAAGAACGAAUCCAUCAGUAAAAGAGCCGCUGAUGCUCUCCGAAUCUUGAAGCGUCAAGAUAAUUGCCCCUCUGGAUACAAUGGCUGUUCCAACGAGGGCAACUCCAACAUCUGUUGUCAGAGUGGGACCAUAUGUACUCACGAUGCUGCUAACAACAUCGCCUGUUGUCCCACCGGCGCAAGCUGUACGGGAUCUCUCACUGCACCCACGUCCACCACCAGCGGUUUCAUGUUCCCCCAUUCCACCUCCGCCUCCACGACAUCGACAAGCGCCGAUGCCACCAUCACUGGCUCUACCGUCCCUGGAGCCCCAUACCCCUUCGUGUACAUCCCAACCACUUUCGCAAACGCUGCGACAUGCUCUUCCUAUUACUCUCAAUGCCAGUCAGAGUUCUCGAGCUGCUUGGUAUCUCUGGGGGGAGCGUACGGAGUGACGGUCGCAGGAGCUGGAGGCGCAGGUGUGACGGUACAAGGCGGGGCGGCAGUUACGCCGGCAGCGGCAGCUCAAUCGAUCUGUUCGAGCCUGAGUACGAGGGCAUGUUACGGAUUGGAGGAAGGAUAUUGCACGGCUUUUGGGACGGCGAGCCCGACUUCGACUGGUGGAGUAUUCAUCAAUCCCUCCAGCGAUGCAUCGAGGCGGUCAUCCAGCCUCUAUGAUCUAGCAAUUGCUCUAGCUGCUGGAAUCGGCGGCAUGUUUUUGUGA